UCAGAGAACGACAUCGUUUUUGAAGUUGUGACCGCCAUCUCUCGAUUUGCAAUUUGGUUGCAGGGAACAGGGAUCGUUUCGCUCCCUUUAACCCUUUUUCCCGAAUUGAUAGAAAAUCUAGACUGAAUUUGGAUUCAAAAUUUCGGUACCUGAAAUCCUAAACACAGAUUGGGAGGGAUCAACAUUAGGAAUUCUUCAGAUACGAUCAUGGAACACAGUUCGGUGACGGAAUUCAUUAGAAAGGAAGUUCCCGAUUGGGACGACGAAGUGAUGACCACUGCCCGGUUCAAGGCCUUUAGCGGGCAGAGAUCUGACUGGGAACUCAAAUUUCGGUUUUGGAGGGAUUUGAUCCUCAGAAUCGCUCGACAUCUUGGUGUCUUCAUCAUUCGACCUCGCCAGGUAAAGGAAGAGUGGUUUAAUAGAGGAGGACUUACCCCUUUAUGUAUCGAUCUUGUGCUGUCUUUAAUGUAUAAUGAAGGUGAUCUUGUACGAAGUGUGGAUCUUGUGGAUCCAAGGAGUGGACUGCUCUCUCAUUUGUUUGUGAAAGUAAGAAAUUUGACGUUUAGAUCCGCUGCUCCUGACAUCAUGCUUGAAGAUCAUGUCAUUCUUACAACGCUACUGAAGGAAAAAGCUGGCAAAGUUCUCAAGCUUUUAUCUGACGCUCAUUGGACAUCGUCAUGCAUUAUUACACUGAAGAAGUUUGAAGGCUUGUGUGAUGGACCAAUUCCGGCAUCUGCAGUCUUGAGUUACUUGUCUGGAUGUGGGACAGGACGGUACCUCUCAACUAGUAAGAAGGAAUUUAUUGAGGGCGUAAAAGUUUCUCUUACGCAAGCUGCAGUCUCUGGAAUAACGAGUUUAGAUUGCGAUGUGCUGCACCUAAUUUGGACGACCGAAAAACUCCAGCAGCAACUUGACAUAAUUGAUCGGCGUUAUGAAAUGUCAAGAAAAUCAGCAUUAGCUUCUUUGAGCUCUGGGAAUAAGAAAUUAGCCCUCAGGCAUGCAAGGGAGUUGAAGUUAGCCACAGAGAGCAGAGAAAAAUGCUCCUCACUUUUGAACAGAGUGGAGGAAGUCCUUAACGUUAUUGCAGAUGCUGAAUCCACAAAGAAGGUAUCCGAAGCCAUCCAAAUUGGAGCACGUGCAAUGAAGGAAAAUAAGAUAACUGUUGAGGACGUUCAACUCUGUUUAGAAGAACUAGAGGAAGGAAUUGGUAAUCUCAAGGAAGUUGAAAAGGCUAUGGAAUUAACUCCAUCGGUUACUGACAUUGAGAAUGAAGAUAUUGAAGAAGAGUUCAAGAAGCUGGAAUUGGAAAUCAAAGAUGAGAAACUUUCAAUCCUUGGGAUCGGAGUUGGUCAGGCAGCACCAGAAAAGGCUUCUUCAGAAUCCGCUGAAUUGUUAGCUGAUACUUUGUCAAAUCUAAAGCUUGGGGAUGGAUCAGCCAAGAAUCCAGGACCUCCAGAUUCGGUAGCGCCAGGUAGAACUGAAAAAUCGAAGAAUCCAAUGCCUGAAGCUGCAUAAAUGGUAAUUCCUACUCAAUCUCAGAAUCUCAGUACAUAAUAAAAUUUUCUCACGUCUGUGAUCUGUUGUACUGAAAUGUUCCACCAUCUCACUACUUGUUGGCGCAUGUAUCAUGUAAGUUGUUUUCACGUUAUAUGUAAGCUUGUAACUCAAAUGUGUAUAUACUUACGGAACUGUAAUAGACAUUGAUGAUUUCUAUUAAGAAUCAUCUCUCUUUCAAUAGCACAGUUCAGAUUCUUUGACA